ACAGACAAAACAGCUUGUAAAACUUCCUUCCUACGGCGAAUCCGAAAGACCCAUUUCCCACAAGAAUCCAAGGACAGAGAAUUUUACCAGAAGUCGCGCAAAAGGGGACCCCGGAAAAAAAUCCAACCUUUCGCUGCCCGGGCAUUCGCAUUUUCACAUCCGGACCGGACCCCUGUUGCUUUCGCUUUUCGUCUGAAUUAUCCCGUUGAUUUCGCUCGUUUCUGUUCUUGCGCCAACCCCAUUAAAUCCCCUCCCUUCUCUCUCCAUCUACCCACCCCGCGAUUGCCGCUUGCUCAGCUGAACGUGAGAGAAAAGGUCGUUUCUUGAAAGAUAGAGAGAGAGAGAGAGAGAGAGAAGGAGGGGAGGCCGGAGAGGGACAGGGAGAGGGAGAGGGAGGGAGGGCGACACAGCGUGUGACAGAUAUCUGGGAGUUGUUCUUGCUAUCUUUGGACCGCUCGUAUAAGAACCCAUUUGCUCCCCACCAUCGUUUCUCGACCCCCGCCACCCUGUUUUCCGUUGUUGCUCCUCCCCGCGGUCGUUUUCAUCGGUUUAUCUUCGUUUGGAGCUGACCCAGUUCCGGGUUCGCCGGUAACGUCCACCCUCCUGCUCGAUCCGGGCCGACCCGAACCCGCCGGAGGAGGGAGUUGGGCAAUGCCCGCCGUUUCUGGGUUGAGGCGGCCGGAGCCUUGAUGGGGUGCGUUAGCUCGAAGCAGACGGUGUCCGUGACGCCGGCGAUCGACCACUCCGGGCAGUUCAAGGACAAUGCGGGGAAGAGCUGCGGCAAUUCGGGUCGGAGCCGGGUCGGGUGGGUCGAGCUGGAGAAGAAGAAGAAGAAGGGCGGCAGCGAGGCCGGGGUGGGGGUGGGGCGAACUGGGGAGUCCGGGAGGGGGAGCUCGAACGGUGAUUCCAUGAGCUUUAGGCUGGGGAAUUUGCAGAAGUACGUGGAGGGCGAGCAGGUGGCGGCCGGGUGGCCGGCGUGGCUAAGCGCCGUGGCCGGCGAGGCGAUUCAAGGGUGGGUGCCGCUGCGGGCCGACGCGUUCGAGAAGUUGGAGAAGAUUGGACAGGGUACGUAUAGCAGUGUCUUCCGAGCACGAGAUCUCGAAACUGGAAGGAUUGUUGCUCUAAAGAAAGUUCGGUUCGACAACUUUGAGCCAGAAAGCGUCAGAUUUAUGGCACGAGAAAUUUUGAUUCUCCGCAGGCUUGACCAUCCAAAUAUUAUGAAACUGGAGGGGUUAAUUACUUCUAGAUUAUCUUGCAGCAUAUAUCUCGUAUUUGAGUACAUGGAGCAUGAUAUAACUGGACUUUUGUCUUGCCCAGACAUCAAGUUCAGCGAGGCGCAGAUCAAGUGCUACAUGAAGCAAUUACUGUCUGGACUUGAUCAUUGUCACUCGAGGGGUAUAAUGCAUCGGGACAUCAAGGGAUCAAAUCUUUUGGUGAACAAUGAAGGAAUUCUGAAGGUGGCCGACUUUGGAUUGGCCAACUUCUGUAGUUCUGGAAACAGGCAGCCCUUGACUAGCCGUGUUGUGACCCUAUGGUACCGGCCUCCUGAACUUCUGCUAGGGUCAACAGACUAUGGAGCGUCAGUCGAUCUAUGGAGUGUUGGCUGUGUGUUUGCAGAAAUUCUCCUUGGAAAACCUGUUCUUCAGGGAAGGACUGAGGUUGAACAAUUGCACAAAAUUUUCAAGCUGUGCGGCUCGCCACCUGAUGAUUACUGGAAGAAAUCUAGACUUCCUCAUGCAACACUCUUCAAGCCUCAGAAUCCAUAUGAUAGCUGUCUUAGGGAGACCUUUGCAAAUAUGCCUGCUGCUGCCGUGGAUUUGAUAGAAACACUUCUUUCAGUUGAACCUCACAAGCGUGGGAAUGCUUCAUCAGCUCUUGCAGCUGAGUAUUUCAGAAUGAAGCCUUACGCAUGUGAGCCAUCAAGCUUGCCGAUAUACCCUCCUAGCAAAGAGAUUGACGCAAAAGUCCGUGAGGAAGCAAAGAGGAAAAAGGGUGGUGGGAGAGGCCGCGGACCUGAUACUGCUAGAAAACAAGCUAGGAAACCCCAUGGAACCAGUAAAUUGGCACCAGCAGAGGAUUUGGCAGCCCCAGCUAAAGUUGCCAAUAGAAUCGAAGUCAAUGGCAGUAAGCUGCACAUCCUUAAGGAGGGCAAAGUCAUGUCAGGCUGGGACGCACCGAAGCCAUCACUAGAUUUACAUGAAGACGCUUCUCAUGCAAAGAAUGCAUCUCAAGGAGACAUUCCUUUCUCUGGCCCAUUACAGGUAUCUUCAUCAAGUGGCUUUGCCUGGGCGAAAAGGCGAAAAGAUGAGGCUCCUGUUAGAUCCCACACUAGAUCCAUUUCCAGAGGCCACAUUUUCAAUGGGUUAGAACCUUCUAUUACCUUGCAAGCGAGGAAUAACAUCGAGUCAAAGCGUCAUGAAAACGGUAGCUUACCAUAUGGGGCACGUACAAACUCUAGAGGGCAUUAUUCAAAUGACGUUGUGAAGAAUAUGAUUCCGCACCAAUGGGGCCACUUUGAGCGUCCAGAUUCCUUUGAUGCUUCAGAUGAAUACCACUCACAAGAACUAUCUUUGGCACUCUAUCAAAAAGAGGAAAUGGCAGCUAAGAGAGGCAAUUUGGGUUACCAUGAUCAUGCAGACAAAGUUGAAUUUUCGGGGCCAUUAUUGACUCAGGCUCACAGAGUUGAUGAACUCUUGGAAAAACAUGAGAGGCACAUCCGUCAAGCAGUCCGUAGAUCAUGGUUCCAAAGAGGUAAGAAGCAGGGUAAAUGACAAGAUUCCACUCCUGUAACUUAUGGAGCUAGAAAAUUUUGGUGGACAAAAUCGGUACUACGACGUUCAGCUUCUCAAACACGAAUCUGGAUGGAUGCGGCUGAAAUGCUGAUCUUUAUGAGUCGUUAACUGGCUAUGCUUCCCCAUGAGACGCUGGCCAUGGAUUGAUCAUAGAAAAAAGAAAAAUUGCCAUGUCGAGGGACUUACAGUUAUCGAGUGAUUAGGCGGGAAGUGAUCAGGAGGAAGCAAGGAUCCAAGAUGUUUCAUUUUUGCGAUAAUGGCUCAUCUUUGUAACCUUUUUGUCCUUGUCCAUCUUUCGAUCAUCUCAAUUACAUUUGCUUUUGGAUGCUUUAUCAUAUCCACGGCGGCAAUGUACAGAUGAAUGGAGAUGGAUUUCGAUAAGCCUUUGGUGUUCCAAAUGUUUCACAGGGCUUGUGCUUAUUCUACCAAGGUUGCCUUUCUAUCUGCUCCUAUACUUUUCAAACUGAUUCAAUGAAAUUGAGCUGAAAAGCUGAGUCAUAUGUAUGGAAUCAAGCCGGUAGUUGUUCACAGGCAAAAUCUAUGUUAGGUCUCUUUAUGUAUAUCAUACUUCGCCGUGGAAAUGCGGCGGUCGGAGUUUACCAAACUUGUAAUGUCCCUAUUAAGUCGAGAAAAAUCAGUACAUCAACUUCUA